CUUGGUCUGCGGAAGAGGAAAUGAACGAAAUGUAAUCUAUCAUCCAAAGACUGAACAACUUACAAAUUUGAUCCAAGUAUCAUUCCACUUAAACUACCUAGCUACUAAUAACCUCAAGAAAUAGAAUAUGGCGGUUUCAUUAAUGCUUCACUUUCCUCUCCUCUUAUCUCUUUUUUUCCAAUCUUCAUCGUCAUCACAUAAUAGUCGCUUCUCUCUUUCAGUGGAGAAACCAGAAGAUGUUAUUCUGUCACAAAACGGCGUCUUCUCUGCCGGCUUCUACCUCGUUGGUGAAAACGCCUAUGUAUUCUCCAUUUGGUUCGCCCAAACCCUCGCCGUUGUUUGGACAGCAAACCGUGACCGAUCCAUCAACGGUAAGCGCUCCUCACUCUCCAUCCACCGCACCGGAAACCUUGUCCUCUCUGAUGCUGGCCAAUACGAGGUGUGGUCGACCGCCACCACCUCGUCUCUGCCGACCCAAUUGAUCCUCAACAACAAUGGAAAUCUAGUACUUUAUGAGCACCAAUUACGAGGAAGCAAGAUUCUAUGGGAGAGCUUUGAUUUCCCAACCGACACUCUACUUCCUGGGCAGCAACUCACAAGAUAUACAAAGCUCGUCUCUGCUAGAAGCGAAACCAACUAUUCCUCUGGAUUCUACAAGCUUGUCUUCGAUGACGAAAAUGUUCUUACCCUUCUAUAUGAUGGUCCCGAUGUCUCCAGCAAAUAUUGGCCAUCACCGUGGCUUAAGAGCUGGGAAGCUGACAGAAACAUCUACGAUAGUAGUAGAAUUGCAGUGUUAGAUUCACUUGGAGGUUUCAGUUCAACAGACAAGUACAACUUCACAACUUCUGAUUAUGGUGUUUUGAUACAAAGAAGAUUGAAAUUAGAUCCUGAUGGAAACAUUCGAGUGUACAGCCUACAGAAUAAUCUAUGGGAGGUGACAUGGCAAGCCAUAUCUGAUGCUUGCAUUGUGCAUGGACUUUGUGGUGCUGACAGCACGUGUGUGUAUGAUCCUAGAGAAGGAAGGAAGUGUUCGUGUCUUCCUGGAUAUAGAGUGAAGAACCAUAGCGAUUGGUCUUAUGGGUGUGAACCCACAUUUAAACUCUCAUGCAAUAAAAAGGAGACCACUUUCUUCAAAUUGCAAGAUGUUGAGCUCUAUGGGUAUGACUUUUUUUACAAGGAAAACAUAAGUUAUAGUGAUUGUGAGAAUGAAUGCAUAGAAGAUUGUGAGUGCAGGGCAUUUCAGUACUCAUUUAACCAUGACGGCUUAUUUCAAUGCUAUGCGAAAAGAGUUCUUCUCAAUGGUCGUCGAUCACCAGACUUUAGAGGAACAACCUACUUGAGACUUCCUAAAACCAAAAGAAACAAUGUUUCGUUCUUUGCAGAUGAAGAAUUUGCUCAAGAUAAUGGUCAUAUUUGUUCAGUGAAGCUGGAUAGAGCCUAUGCCAAGAGACAUGUCAGCAGUUUUUUGAAGUUCUUUCUUUGGUUUUCUGUUGCAAUUGGGUUGGUUGAAGUCCUCUUCAUUUCUAUGACUUGGUUUUAUUUGAUAAGAACCAAGCAAAAAUCUGAUGGAAAUCAACAAGGGUACAAUUUUCUUUCACCUUUUGGGUUCAGAAAAUAUACUUACUCUGAGCUAAAACAAGCAACAAAAGGGUUCACGGAAGAAAUUGGAAGAGGAGCUGGUGGAAUAGUGUACAAAGGAGUAUUGCCAGAUCAGCGAACUGCUGCAAUAAAGAAUCUUCAUGAUGACAACAUUGGAGCCAAACGAGAUGAAGCAGAAUUCCUAGCUGAAGUGAGCAUUAUUGGUAAGCUAAACCACAUGAACUUGAUUGAAAUGUGGGGGUAUUGUGCUGAGGGAAAGCAUAGGCUAUUGGUUUACGAAUACUUGGAGAAAGGUUCUUUAGCAGACAAUCUCAAAUCAAACACUUUGGAUUGGACCAAAAGAUACAACAUUGCUCUCGGAACAGCAAGGGUUCUAGCAUACUUACACGAAGAAUGCUUGGAGUGGAUUCUACAUUGUGAUAUAAAGCCUCAGAAUAUUCUUUUGGGUUCAAAUUACCAACCCAAGGUAGCAGAUUUUGGCUUAUCUAAGCUUCUAAAUAGAAGUGACCAACACACUCAAAACUUCUCAGUGGUAAGAGGAACGAGAGGAUACAUGGCACCUGAAUGGGUUUUCAAUUUGCCAAUAACAUCAAAGGUGGAUGUGUAUAGCUUUGGGAUUGUUGUGCUGGAGAUGAUAACAGGAAGGAGUCCGACGAUGAUGGGAGGUCAGAGUGAUAAAGCAGAAGAAGCACAUAAUGAAAGGCUAGUGAUGUGGGUGAGAGAGAAGAGGAAGAAAAUGACGUCGGAGGAGGAAGGGUCGUCGUCAUCCUCUUGGGUGGAGCAAAUAAUUGAGGCAGCCAUUGGAUCGGAGUUUGACGUUGAGAAGAAGAAGAUGGAAACUUUGGCAAAUGUGGCUCUGAAGUGCGUGGAGGAGGACAAAGAUGCGAGGCCCAGCAUGAGCCAAGUUGUUGAGAUGCUUCAAAGCCAUGAAGAUGAUGCCUCUUAA